AUGAUUAUAAAGCAAGAUCACACCACCAGUUCUGCCGUCAAAGCGUGCGGCAACUGCGGUGUGGAGGAGCGGCGGCUACUCCACCACGUCCGCCACCGUGGGAUCUUCCGUCGGCUCUGUUCCACCUGUGUCCUCCGCCUUCAUCCUCAAUCAUUCUGCCCCACUUGCUUCCAGGUCUACCCUCCUUCUCCACCACCCGACUCCGUUAUCACAUGUUCCAAAUGCUACUCCUCUUCCCACUCCUACUGCGUCACCUCCCCCGCUUCUGCAGUCAACCACUACAUUUGCCCCCUCUGCGUUAACCCAAGCUCUCCAAUUUUUAACUUGAAUAAGGCAACGGAAGCGAAUGUUAUUGGCGGGGGUGAAAGUUUGGACGUGAGUGGAAAGAGUGAGGUUUAUAGGGUGAUUGAUAAGCCUGCAGCGAAGAUCUUGUUGGCUGCUGCAAAGAUUGCCGCAGCGUCUAUGGCUAAGGCUGCUGUGGCAGCAAGGGCGGAAGCUGAGCGAAGGGCUAAGGAGGCUGCAUUCACGAGGAAAAGGGCAAGAGAAGCAUUGGAACACGUGGCAUACUUGGUUGUGAAGGAGAAGGUGAGAAAGAAGGAAGCAGCUCUGUUGAUAUCACCUGAGGUUUCCGGGCCCAGUGUUGGCGAGAGUGUGCCUCAUUUGGGUGGUGGUGGGAACGUGGGUCAUCUGGGUGGUGGUAUUGCACAAGUGACUAGAGAAAAUUAUACUAAUGUUAAUAAUGGUAACGGUGCUAGAAGUGAAAAUGCAGAUGGUGGUGUUCGUCCGUUGGCAGUUGUGGAAGAGAAAACUAAUUCGACAAGAAAUGUGGAUGGAGUGGAUAAUUCAUGUCAGGUGCUGGCAGCAUUGGACGGCGCGGAGUUGGGGGAAAAUGAGAAAAUGGGUGGAACAAAGGCCCUAGAUGAAGUAUCAGGGAAGCUUUUGAAUGAUAAUUGUGUGCCCAUGGACGUUGACAAUAAUGGAGGCAUGAGAGUGAGUUCUGGAUCCAACGAUGGGGAGUCAAUUGUUGAGAUGAAUAGCUUUGGUGGGAGUGAGACGUCUGCUUAUUUAGGAGAAAAUGGAGGAAGUGAUUGA